CUGAGGGGUGACCUGCCUCUCCCUAGGCGCACAUCCAUGGGCUGGGGCCUCAGGGCUGUCUGUUCUGCUGCCUCCCUCCCCUGAGGCCUCAGCGAGGACAGAGGGAAGGGGGUCUUCUGAGAGAAGGAAGCCAGGUACCAGCAGGCCGUGGUGGGAGAGUAUGAGGUGCUUUUCCCCAGGAUGUCUUUGGCCUCUGCUUCCACUUCUGGCCUAUGAUUAACGAAAGCCCUCUUCCCCACUGCGCCCCUCCUCCCACCACUUCGAGGUUCUGAGUCAUUAUUUUAACUACCCCCCGGGAGGCUGAGCACCCUUCAGUGCUCUGCUGCCAGCCCUCCACUUCCCCUUGCUGUGCUGCUCAGUGAUGGCCUUCAGAGUUGUGUUCCUCCUGGGAGUCCUGGCUUCUUAUCACGGAUUCAACCUGGACGUGGAGGAGCCCAUGGUCUUCCAAGAAGACGCGGCCGGCUUUGGGCAGAGUGUGGUGCAGUUUGGCGCAUCCCGACUCGUGGUGGGAGCCCCCCUGGAGGUGGCAGCCACCAACCAGACGGGACGGCUGUACGACUGCACAUCUGCCGCCGGCACCUGCCAGCCCAUCUCGCUGCACAUCCCCUCAGAGGCCGUGAACAUGUCCCUGGGCCUGACGCUGGCAGUCUCCUCCAACGGCUCCUGGCUGCUGACCUGUGGCCCCACGGUGCACAAAGCCUGCGGGGAGAACACGUAUGUGAAAGGCUCUUGCUUCCUGAUGGACUCCCACCUGCAGGUCAUCCGGACAGUCCCCGCUGCUCUGCCGGAGUGUCCAGUCCAAGAGAUGGACAUUGUCUUCCUGAUUGAUGGCUCUGGAAGCAUCGACCAGAGUGACUUUAACAGGAUGAAGGACUUCGUCAGGGCUGUGAUGGGCCAGUUCAAGGGCACCGACACCCUUUUCUCGCUGAUGCAGUACUCAAACCUCCUGGAGACCCACUUCACCUUCACCAAAUUCCGGACCAGCUCGAGCCCUCAGAGCCUGGUGGAUCCCGUCGUCCAGCACAAAGGCCUGACCUUCACAGCCACGGGCAUCUUGAGAGUGGUGAAAGAGCUAUUUCACAGCAAGAACGGCGCCCGCAAAAGUGCCAAGAAAAUCCUCAUUGUCAUCACAGAUGGGCAGAAGUACAAAGACCCCCUGGAAUACAGUGACGUCAUCCCGCAGGCAGAGAGAGCCGGCGUCAUCCGCUAUGCCAUCGGGGUGGGAGACGCUUUCCAGGAACCCUCCGCCAAGCAGGAGCUGAACACCAUUGGCUCAGAGCCCCCGCAGGACCACGUGUUCAAGGUCGACAACUUUGCAGCCCUCGGCAGCAUCCAGAAGCAGCUGCAAGAGAAGAUCUUCGCCAUUGAGGGAACCCAGUCAAGGACAAGCAGCGACUUCCAGCAUGAGAUGGCGCAGGAGGGCUUCAGCUCAGUGCUCAGGAAGGAUGGACCAGUUCUGGGGGCUGUGGGGAGCUUUGGCUGGUCCGGAGGGGCCUUUCUAUACCACCCAAACAAGAACCCCACCUUCCUGAACAUGUCUGAGGAGCGCGUGGACAUGAGGGACUCUUACCUGGGUUACUCCACGGAGCUGGCCCUUUGGAAGGGGGAGCAGAACCUGGUCCUGGGCGCCCCCCGCUACCAGCACACGGGGAAGGUUGUCAUCUUCACCCCUGGGCCCAAGCAGUGGAGGCUGAAGGCCGAAGUCACAGGAACCCAGAUUGGCUCCUACUUCGGGGCCUCCCUCUGCUCCAUGGACGUGAACAGAGACGGCAACACGGACCUGGUCCUCAUCGGGGCCCCCCACUUCUAUGAGCAGACCCAAGGGGGCCGGGUGUCCGUGUGCCCUCUGCCCAAGCAUUUUCUCGACACUCGCCUUUCCAAGCCUCUCCCCAAGGCUUUCCAGUCACCUCCCCGUGACUCACUUUUCCCUCUCUGCCAGCGGGUCGCAGGCUCCCAGCUCUCCCCCAGGCUCCAGUAUUUCGGGCAGUCGCUGAGCGGGGGUCAGGACCUCACCAAGGAUGGCCUGGUGGACCUGGCCGUGGGGGCCCAGGGGCACGUGCUACUGCUCAGAAGUCUGCCAGUACUGAAAGUGGGGGUGGCCCUGAGCUUCACCCCAGGAGAGCUGGCAAAGGCUGUGUACCAGUGCUGGGAAGAGACACCCACCGUCCGGGAGGCUGGGAACGCCACAGUCUGUCUCACUAUCCACAAAAGCUCACUCGACCAGAUAGGUGACAUCCAAAGCUCUGUCACCUAUGACCUGGCAUUGGAUCCCGGCCGUCUGAUUUCUCGUGCCAUUUUUGAUGAGACCAAGAACUGGACUUUGACUCGACAGCAAACCCUGGGGCUGGGACAUCACUGUGAAACCAUGAGGCUGCUUUUGCCAGUCUGCGUGGAGGAUAUUGUGAGCCCCAUCAUCCUGCGUCUCAACUUCUCCCUGGUGGGAGAACCCAUCCCCUCAACCCAGAACCUUCGCCCCGUGCUGGCUGUGGGCUCACAGGACUUCUUCACUGCUUCUCUCCCCUUUGAGAAGAACUGCGGCCACGAUCACCUCUGUGAAGCGGACCUGAGUGUUAACUUCAGCUUCUCAGGUCUCCAGACCUUGAUGGUGGGGAACUCUCUGGAACUCAAUGUGACAGUGACUGUGUGGAACGAGGGCGAAGAUUCCUAUGAGACGGCGAUCACCUUCUACUACCCAGCAGGGCUGUCUUAUCGACGGGUGUCCGGAACUCAGAAGCAACCCCAUCAGCACCCAUUGCAUCUGGUAUGUGAGACAGUGCCCACUGAGAAUGAGAGCCUGAGAAGCAGCCAGUGUAGCAUCAACCACCCUAUCUUCCGAGAGGGCACUAAGGGCACCUUCACAGUCACAUUUGAUGUGUCCUACAAGGCCACCCUGGGAAACAGGUUGCUUAUGAGGGCCAAUGCAAGCAGUGAGAAUAAUAAGCCUGCAACCAGCAAGACUACCUUCCAGCUGGAGCUCCCAGUGAAAUAUGCAGUCUACACAGUGAUAAGCAGGCAGGAAGAAUCCACCAAGUUCCUCAACUUUUCAACAUCUGAUGAGGACGGGAAAGAGGCCGAGCACCGAUAUCGUGUGAAUAACCUGAGUCAGCGAGACCUGCCUGUCAGCAUUAACCUCUGGGUUCCCAUCCUGGCUGUGUGGGAUGUGGCUGUGGUUGCCCCUUCACAGAGCCUUCCCUGUGUAUCAGAGAGGGAGCUGCCCCAGCAUCCCGACUUCCUAACCCAGAUCCAAAGGAGCACUGUGCUGGACUGUUCGAUCGCUGCCUGCCUGAGGCUCCGCUGUGACAUCCCAUCCUUUGGCGUCCAGGAGGAACUCGACUUCGUCCUGAAGGGCAACCUCAGCUUUGGCUGGGUCAGCCAGACACUGCAGAAGAAGGUGUCACUGGUGAGUGUGGCUGAAAUCACGUUCGACAGAUCCGUGUACGCCCAGCUUCCCGGACAGGAGGCAUUUCUGAGAGCCCAGACGGAGACAGUGCUGGAAGAAUAUGAGGUGCACAACCCCAUCCCCCUCAUCGUGGGCAGCUCAGUGGGAGGUCUGCUGCUGCUGGCUCUCAUCACAGCCACGCUGUACAAGCUUGGCUUUUUCAGACGUCAGUACAAAGAAAUGCUGGAUGACAAGCCUGAAGACCACGCGGUACUCAGUGGGAAGGGUGUCAGCUGUGAAGCCCCAGAUUCGCCUUCCUGCGAGUAAUCGCCUCUCCUGUUUACCUGGCCUCUCGUGGGCUGGUCUUAUAACUGUGCCUGAGCGUCGACUUCAUGUGAACAGCUUCUGCAUAGAUGUGGACUGGCCCGAACAAUCCCUGCGGCAUGAAACCACCUUCCCGAGUUGUACCCGUUUUUAUAUUUUUACAUAUUUGUCAAGCUUCUUCCCUGAUGACCUACUUUUUACAGAAGAUGGCAGGAUGCCAGCAUACUUUUUCAUAGGGAUAAGAACUGUCACAUGAAAUGAGGAUGUUGAUAACACAUUUUCCUUGUAUGGAAAUGCUCUAACCCAGCGAUCUGAGCGCUGUUCUAGGAAUAACUGGGGGAGCUUAUUCAUGGGUGUAAGAAAUGUUCUUCCUUUCUCCGACGACUAGGACCUGAGGUCAUCUCAUCUUGAAGGUACUGUGUUAUCAGGUGUGUGUGUGUGUGUGUGUGUGUGUGUGGUCACGCGCUGCAGGCUCCUCAGUAAUGGCAAGUGGACAGACUGUCCUAGAAAGUGAAUGCAAUGUCCAGAGCUCAUUGAACCAAUGACCCCUUAAAUACAGUCCCCAAAGCCCAGAGAGCCAGGCUUUCCAGAACACAGCAUUGGAUUUUCAGAAUGAAUACAAAAGACUCAUUAAAGUGGGUCAUGACCAGAAUAUUCCAAAUCCAGAAAUCCAGAGUUAGGUCAUGAGACCUCGCACAUAAGACCAUGGAUCCCCUGUUUCAAAUCUGGGUUAUCUGCAGAUAGCUGGGACUCACAGAUGUCUUUAGCUCAGGUGAGAGGUGGCACUUCAGGGUUUGCAGCCCUAGAUCUCUGACGGGCUACCAGAAUCUAGAUUAAAUUAAAUUAAAUUAAAUUAAAUCUAGUCAUGCAAUCCCUGAGAAUCGCAAACUCUUCUUUUGAACAUUGCGGGAAGCCAGCAUUAUGUCCUGCUCCCAGAGGUGCUGUGAGGAUUCAAUGUAUGUGAAAGCCCUUUAGAGCCUGGGGCCCUAACUGUAAGUAACAGAGACGCAGGGGUACUCGCCUACCUGUUCCAGACGACGACGUUCCUUCCCAAGC